CCUCUAUUUUCUGUUGCGCGCGCUGGUUCGGGUAAGGGCCUUUAUAUGUCAUAACCAGAAGCACCCAGAUGGAAUGAAGCAGUCCAUGGCGAUGCUAACACGUGUCCCAUUAGCCUACUCCAUCCCAACCCCGAAGUCUACCCUUUCUCCACCACUGCCCUUUCAUCAAUGUCAUAAUCGUUGUUCCCUGCCCAAUUCCAAUUCAAUCUCGUCUCUCUCAUUUCAAAUCGUUACCUCCUCCAUUUCUCCGACCUCCCAGAAGGGUUUCAGAAGGCGCCGCCGCGUCGGUGCUCUUUCGCUGGUUGCAAUGGCGGAUUCUGGUCCUAGAACUGUCCUCGUCACCGGAGCUGGUGGCAGAACCGGUCAACUAGUUUACAAGAAAUUGAAGGAGAGGUCAGAUGAGUAUGUUGCAAGAGGUUUGGUUAGAACUGAAGAGAGCAAGCAGAGUAUCGGUGGAGCAGACGAUCUUUUCAUUGGUGAUAUUAGGAAUGCAGAUACCCUUGGUCCUGCAAUUCAAGGCAUUGACGCGCUCAUUAUUCUUACGAGCGCCGUGCCAAAGAUGAAGCCAGGGUUUGAUCCAACCAAAGGUGGUAGGCCUGAGUUUUACUUUGAAGAUGGAGCAUAUCCUGAACAGGUUGAUUGGAUUGGCCAAAAGAAUCAGAUAGAUACUGCCAAGGCUGCAGGAGUUAAGCAAAUCGUUUUGGUCGGGUCGAUGGGAGGAACAAAUAUCAACCAUCCCUUGAACAGUUUGGGUAAUGGAAACAUAUUGGUUUGGAAACGGAAGGCCGAGCAGUAUUUGGCUGACUCUGGUGUUCCUUACACCAUCAUAAGGGCUGGAGGUCUGCAGGAUAAGGACGGUGGGAUACGAGAACUGCUAGUAGGGAAGGAUGAUGAACUUCUUCAGACGGAGACGAGAACCAUUGCCAGGGCUGAUGUCGCAGAAGUCUGCCUUCAGGCACUGCAAUUUGAGGAGGCCAAAUUCAAGGCGCUCGAUCUAGCCUCGAAACCUGAGGGGGUAGGCACGCCGACGGCCGAUUUUAAGGCCUUGUUCUCUCAAGUGACGACGAGUUUCUGAGUGGGUCAUGUUUGUAAGGUCAUUCUUUUCUAAUGUAGUAUUGUUGCCCAGAAUUGUUUGGCUGCUAAUAAACUCUGAACUGUGAGCUUUGAAGAGGGUUGGAAAAGGCUGUUAGGAGCUUUUACAACUUUC